UGACUGCGGAGCGUUUACGGGAAGCCGUCCGCGGCGAUUGUGUUAGUGGCGCGCGAAGCUUUCUUGGCUUGAAUUGGGCUUGACUUCACAUAUAUAAUGGCCGCGCAAAACGCCCAUGUGCCAUCAUUGAACGAUGAGCACAAGUUCGAGCAGGAGUCGGACGAUCAAGUGAGCCCGGUCGAUCGCAAUGACGAGGAGAAAGCCGUGCCACCGGAGUCUGAGAAGCCAGUGGAAGCAGCCGCAGGCGCAGAGGCUCAGCCCAAUGGACCUCCUAAAGGACCCCCGGCAGGACCGCCAGGAGGCCCACCACCGGACGGAGGCUUGCAGGCGUGGUUGCAGGUCGUAGGCGGAUGGUCGCUAUUCUUCAACACUUGGGGUCUGCUCAACACAUUUGGUGUGUACCAGACAUACUAUGAAUCUGGCCAACUGUUCACCGCCUCCUCUUCCGACAUCUCAUGGAUCGGCUCGGUCCAGUCAGUCAUGGUGCUGUUAGUAGGCGCUGUUGCAGGCCCCUUCUUUGACCGUGGCUAUCUGCGCUACCUGCUGAUUGGCGGCGGUUUCAUGGUUGUCUUUGGCCACAUGAUGCUCAGUCUCACUCACAGUCUAUGGCAGGUCAUUCUUGCGCAAGGCUUUUGCAUUGGCAUUGGCGCCGGCUGCCUCUUCGUUCCAGCCGUCGCUCUCCUGCCAACCUACUUCAGCAAGAAACUAGGUCUUGCUGUCGGCCUGGCUGCGUCUGGUAGCUCUAUGGGCGGUAUCAUCUACCCAAUCAUGUUCUACCGUCUCGUCCCAGAGGUGGGAUUCCCUUGGGCUGUCCGUAUUCUCGGAUUCACCGUACUCGCAACCGUUCUUGUUCCCAUCAUCGUGAUGAAACAGCGCGUCAAGCCACCGAAGGCACGCGCUAUUCUCGACACGACCGCCUUCACAGAUUGGCCGUUUGUGACAUUCGUGCUUGCAAGCCUGAUCGGAUUUAUCGGUCUUUACGUUGGCAUUUUCUACAUCUCCUUUUUUGGCGCGGCUACUGGCUUCACAAACGAGAGCCUGUCGUUCUACCUUGUGCCAAUCUUGAACGCUGGCUCUGUAUUCGGGCGCACUCUACCGAAUGCGCUCGCUGAUAAGACUGGCCCGCUGAAUGUCAUCGCACCUGGUGCGUUCAUCGUGGGGUUGAUCCUACUGUGCAACAUCGCGGUGCAUAAUGCAGCAGGCCUUAUUGUGACGACGAUUUUGUUCGGCUUCUUCUCCGGCAUCUUCAUCGCUCUACCUCCGGUCAUGUUCGUGGCUCUCACGGCGGAUAGAACGAAGAUUGGUACCCGUAUCGGCAUGGGCUUCGCAGUUGUCGGUCUCGGCACACUUGCUGGCGGCCCGGGCGGAGGCGGGAUCUUGCAGCGACGUGGCGAUGAUCCAGCUACCUUCGAUUGGACCGGCACAUGGACGUACGGCGGCGUAUGCAUGCUUGCUGCAGGCGUUAUCCUGUCCGCGCUUAGAGUGUACAAGGCUGGCUUCAAGCUUAGGGUUAAGGUGUGAGCCCGCAUAUUGCGCUGGAUCCUGAUAAGGUGACAUAGCAUUACCCAUUUAGAAUGUAGAUAUAGACUGGCAUUAUUGCAUAGCGUUAGGAUGCGGUGUGAGAUAGUCAAGGUUAAGUCAGCCCAGUAGAGGCUGGGAAUUCAUACGUGUGCGCAACACAGUACU